GUUGUAAAAGAUGUGUACGAGAUGAAAGCGCUGAUCAUUUUAUCUGAAUAUGAAGUUCCUGAAGUGAUAUUCGAAGCGCUGGAAACUUUUUUGUACAUAACUCAUUUGUCAUACAAAGCAGUCGAUGAUGUGCAAAACGAAGACGCGCAAAACGCGGUUGUUCUAAGACCGUUUAUUGACAUGGCGGUACUUUCGCAUUUCUACCAAAGUGCUUUCGUGAAAAGCACGUGCCGUUGUUUGUGGCAGCUAAUGAGCAACAGCUUCAUCGCAUUUAAAGCCGCCUGCAUUUUCGUUUGGUUGCACUUACUCUGCAGGUCGUCUUUGUGCGAGGACUUCUUGAUAAUCGAAAUGACUUCUAGCCUAGAAGAGAGAAGGACCGUGGCGUUACAAAACUUUGUGCUUUUAUGGAAGGCGUUGAGAGAAGGCCAUGAGUUGUUGCCCGUUCGUAAAAUCACGUUUAAGCCGCUUCUGAAAGCUACUGAUGUCAUGCUUCAUGGCCUACUACCAACUUCGUCGGGCGUCUGUAUCUGUCGUCAUUGGUUUACGGACGUGCUGGAACAUGGCGACUUGCACAUAUUGCUGCAGAUGAUGUGUCUCGAAAUCACUCGAUCAGACACAUUUCGAGUGUCUCCGCGGUUUCUGACAUUUUCCAAAGCUGCUGUUGCUGACGAUACUGCCGCUGGAAUUAUGCUGUUUAAACUAACAACACACACGAAGCAUUCCUUAUUUCAUUGCGACAGUGUCGAAUCGUGCUUUGUGUCUGACUGGGCGACCGUUUUCAGAAAAAAGUAUUUUCAGCAGCGUUCUACGAGUGAUUUCUCCGCGAAACAACCUACGAAAGUUUUCGCUAAACGAGGUGUGGUCGAAGUUGCGGAACGGUGCACGACAGCGAACGAAGAAUUGUGUUGCAUUGAAUGCGUUGUUAAAACCGUUCUCGAAGAGAUCGUAGACUACGUGGAAGACGUUUGCCAGUUAAAGGACUGUAAACCGGAUAGGAUUUUGUUUGAUGAUAUUAUUCCUGAGUACCUCCAGUUUUCCACCGUCGGUGAGUACCGGAAGUCAAAUCAUAGGCGAAUACACAGUACCUUAAAAAUCGGCCGGCGUUCGAGUUCUGCACCCGUUGAUGAAUUUUCUCUGCUUCAUCCGGUACAUGGAGAUUGGUUGCUGUAUUAUGACGUAUUCGACUGUAGUCGGGUAAGGCACGUGUUCGAAAUUUUCUUGAGCUUGAUGGAUUCGUGCCCUGCGUUCUUCUUAAAUUCUCUUGUUUACAAACCGACGGUGCAUAGCACGAAAAGUUAUGAACAGUUGAUUCACAUUUUGGCUGAAGCGUUUGUCCGUCACGAAAAAGCGAUCUGUGGCUAUGAGUGCUUCACAUGCGGCUUGACGGAGCGAAAAGCAGAUGCGAAAAUUUUCUCUUUGCCCAUCGUCUAUUUGGAAAUCUUUAUAAGUUAUUCACUGUUUUAUAUCCGAAGCUUUUACGUGAACAGUCCACUGUCACAAGUGUCUGAACAGCAACUGCGAAACAAUCUAUCACUGAAAGUUCUGUGUCUGAACUUCUUAUCCAAGUGUUUUCGAGAAAUCACGGUUUUGGUAAAGAGGUUUGGUCGCCCAUUCGCUCAACACAUAAUCAACGUGUUUCUGAGCUGCAGGUUACAGACGCAUCUGAUGAACUGCCUCAUCGAAUGCGUCGUUGAUGAUGGCUUGCUGUCGCCUGCUGUAGACAGCUGUUCUCAAUGCGACGAUGCUGUUUUGUUGUCCGUGUCGAUCCUGCGUUUUAAUUAUAUCAGAUUUGCGACGAUGAUGUCUGAUUACCGAGAAUGCCUACUGGAUGCGAUAGAAAGCCUUGUUGAAACGGAGCAUGCCCUACGAAAAUGUGUGGUCUCUGGCACAGCAUGUUGCACUCCGGACGACAGUGCCUUUCGCUCUGCUUUUCCGACCGAAUGCUACGUUCCUUUGACAGAAAAACGAUCUUUCGUUGCGACCGUGCUGUGUGCUUUACGAACGGAACGAAGUCGCCAUCCGAUGUGGCUGAAGCUGGUCAUACAUUGCGUACCGUACCUUUGCGGCAGCUUCCCCCUGCUAGCAUUGGUUGCUGUCGAACAGUCAUUUCUUAACAUUGAAUCCGCGUCCAAGAUAUACACCCACUGUUGCAAGACGAACUAUACCACUGACUUAGAUGUAGAGCGAUGGCAUACGAUGCCGUGGAAUUAUGUCAGUACAAUGUUGGAACUUGUUUCGAAGCUGUUUCAUCAGUGUAUUACAAGUUUAGUGGUAUUCUCUCUCAAUCAGAAGAUUGCCAGGCGAAAUCCAGCGAAGACAGUGAUUUUCUUUUUUUGGCAGGGCAACGGCUUUUGGCCGCUUUCCCUCGGCUACUUGAAGCACUUUGCUCGAUGUAUGCCGUCGGAAGAAAAUGCUCUAAUUCUCUGCAGUGGCAAGGAUUUUUGCAGAGGUACCUUUGCUAGAAAUGGCACACUGCAUUUUCACUACCGUGACCUCUACGGCGCCAGACAUCUGCAGCUGGCCAAUGACACGGCAGUUCAUCACGGAAGCACUCGCGCUGGCAUCUUCUCCGGAUUCGAAAUUUCUUCUUUUCAGGACAUAUUCCAAAAGCUCAUAGAUAUUUUGACGGACAUCAUCGGCUGGCAGUUAAAUCAAUCUACGUGGCUCAAGAAAACCCUUGUCGUCAUUCAGGAUACCGAACAGGAUCACAUCCUAUCGGUUCCCAUGUUACGCCAGUCACAGUCAGUUGGCAAUGACAGCACACUCUCGGGUACAUCUGAUCGUCGAUACAAUAUCGAGUACAGCCAGGAGGCAUUGAAUCUGAUCUCUGCGCACUUUGUGACUAUGAUGGACGCUGUUUACCGCAACGAAGACAAAGAAAAGCAGAUGCACGUCGUCAACUCGGUGUGGACGGUGAUCUUGCCGUUUUUGAAAACUCGACAUGUUUCCAAUGCUAAAAAUUUCCUGAGCUGCUGUAAGCUGUUAGUCGAACUAAGUCGUCUUUACCUCAUGAAGUCUCUCUGGAGGAAACACAUAGUCGAACUCAUAGUCGACUCGUCUUUUUUCUGCAUGGACGACGAAUGUUCUCGCCAAUGGUCUGUCAUUGUGGACAACGUUUUGAGUCAAGAUCGGAUGAUAUUCAAAGAGAUCAUGAGUAAGUUGGCGCCAUCACAGAAUAUAUUUAGCUCUAAGGAACAAGAAUACGACAUGAGACGAAAUUGUUUGAAACGUCUGUCAUUUAUUUUGCUCAGCGGGGAAGUCGACGAGUAUCAAGCAGCGCUACCAGACAUUCAAGAACGGAUAACGGAUGAUCUCAAAGUGAACUGCGUCCCGAGUGUAUACUCUUGUUUGUUUCUUUGCUUUCGGGUGUUGGUCGUUCGGUUCUCGGCGCCCAAUUUGAUGUCGUUCUGGCCGUCAAUUGUAACAGAACUGAUGCAAGUUUUGCUUCAGCUGGAAGACUACGUUAACAUUGUGACUAUGCACGUAGAAGAUUGUAGGUACAAGUGGAUUUUUACAGAAGUUGCUUAUGACUCCAGUAGCUGCAAUUUUUCGCCAUUUGUGUUACGGGUCAAGGAAGCAUUUUCAAUAUUGAACGGUGUGAAGCAAACUUCUGAUCGAAAGUCGUUCUCCGUGUUACCACUAAAGCGGAUCACGGACAUCGCACAACUAGCUCCAUUCUAUCUUGGCUUGUCGCGUGGACAUUGCUCUCCUGCUGGCGAGAAGACGUAUGAAAACGACACUGAACAAGUGGCGCAGAUCGAAGCUUCAGUUUUUGCAGAUUUAUUGGAAGACUGGCUGUUUUGA